GCGGAGUCAAGGGCUAGUCGGCUUUAUUAUAAUGCAUUAUAAUUAUGUACCUACCGUACAUAAUACAAUUUUUCGGUGUCGUUGUUUUCCGCGUCCGUCGCGCUUAUAUCGGUGAAUAUAUAAACGUCAAUUAUAAUAUUGCAUUUUACUAAUAUCUACAACCGAGAAUGCGAAGAAUGUCGACUAUGGUACGAGCAAGAGCAUUGUCUGCAGCAGGUCAUCAACAUAGCAUACAAGUAGUAAAAAGAUAGUCGGUCCGAUUUCCACGUGUGUGGAUAAAAAACGUAUAACACGCACCGUAUCCGAUGACGGGAGACGGGACGGUUGAAAACGAUAAUAAUAAUUAUUAUUAAUAGCGUUUUCCACCACUCUGCACCGUUGCACCACGGUUGCACUCAAACAGUUCACUGAUAGCUCACUGAUAACCAUACCAGUGCAGGCCGGUGCAAGUGUAGAUGAAACAUAACCUCGUUAUCAUUUUCACACUAUGGCAGCUGAUAAUGAAUUAUGACAAUGAUUUGGAAAAACCCGCGCUUCAAUUAUUAUUUAUUAAUUUCAAAUUGUCAUUUGAAUUUUGAGUCUUCAAUCGUAUGUAGUAGCCGUAGGCCGAAGCGUAGGUACUCAGAAUCAACGUCUACUUUAGUACUGCCGUCUGCUACUGCCUACUCUACUAUAACUAUUCUACGUUUCAAAUUGUGAACUUGUAUAAUUAUAAAAUGACCACUCAUAAUUUACAAAUCGAUAUCGACGGUCAAUUGUUGGGCCACAAAACGUUUUUGUUCAACGUGGAAGAAUCUGCUUUAGAUUAUAUACAGCAAGCUGGUAGUAAUGAUUGUAUUCCAAGUAUAGUCGAAUUUUUAACAAAUUGUGUGCAACAAGGUGUUAUUCAACUUAAUGUGGAAGAACUUGUUAAAGAUGUUCAAUUUACAGUUUCAAUUCCUAAGAGAAAUAUAAACUUCUGUAAUUUAGCUAAGUCAGUAAAUGUUAAAGAUGAUCAGUGUAGUCAGGCUAUUGAUUGGCAUAACAUUAGUGAUGUCAACGAAGAAUCUGAAUUUGAAAAUGAAGAAGUGGACAAACCCAAUAAAAAAACUAAUGCUACGACUACUACAGUUGAAUGUUCCAAUGAAACUUCUCAAAAAAUCCAGAAUGAAAAAGAAGCUGUACACCAAGUUAUUUUCACUGAUGGUAUGACCAAGUUUAUGCUGGAAAAGUACGGACAGCUUAUGAAUUUUAUUGGUCCGAUGAAGAAAUUUAAAAGAAAACUAGAUAUGUGGAAACAAAUAGCUAAAGAUAUGGAAGAAGAACUUGGUGUAAAAUGCACACAUACACAGAUUGAAAAUCGUUAUAAAACCGUGAGCAAGAGAAAAAAAGUAAUUGUUAAUAAUAACAAAAAUACAGGCGCAGCUAGAAUGGAUGAUGAAUAUGAAAAUGAAUGGAAACAAAUAACAAAUAAGGACGAUAGCAUUAUUCCAGAAGUCAUGCGAAGUACAAAGGUUGUUGUUAUUAAUAAAAAGGAUAUUACAGAAUCUAAACCAAAAAAAAUGAAAACCGAUAGCUCACAAUUGAUGUUGUUAAAAUUUCUAAAGGAAAAAGAGGAAUCUAAAGAAAGGCGCCAUCAAGAAAAAAUGGAGCUCAUAAGAUCAAUUUUAAAUAAAUGAGUAUUUAUUUUUAUGUAUGGAUUAUCAGCUAAAACUGUUGAAUAAUGUUAUGAUUUUAAGCACUAGUCGUUACUCGUUUUAUAUGGUUUUAUUUUAAAAUUUCAAACAAGUGGUUUUUUUUUUUAUAAUUUUGUUAUUUUCUCUUAUAGU